AUGCCUUCCGCCAGAAGAUUCCGCCUCCUCACAAUGGUGGUGCUAGCCGCCGUCAUCACUACACUAUACUUUUCAUCUAAGAUGCGGUCGACCAUUCCUCAAGACACUCGAACGGUACAAGAUUUCUUUGGCAAGACUAUGAAUGGUCUAGGCCAUCAACAAGGAGCCGGCGCGCAAGUUGUUAUGAGUGGUAAGGGCACGACUGUCGACUCGACGGUGAAGGAUAAAGAUGGGGAUGGCUCUGUUGAUGAGGAUGACGAGCAAUUAGCAAAAGAAAUGGCCGGUCGACUGAAAGCGGCCGAGCAAAAGGCAAAAGAUUUAGCCAAUGCUAAGGCACCAUUAAAACCAGAAGCUCCAAGCGAUAUUGUCGGCGUUGGAAGUUCCGCUGGAGGGCAGAAGAAAGGCAAACCCAAGGCGGAUGCUAAAGAGGCGGAGAGUGAUGUACAAGAGUCGGAAGAGGACCACGAAAUUGACGUGCUCCUUGACAGCAUAUUCAAAAAGUCGUCUGUCGUAAUCUUCUCGAAGUCGUACUGCCCCUUCUCGAAACGCGCAAAGGGUAUCCUUCUCGAGAAAUACUCUAUCGACCCUGCCCCCUACGUUGUCGAGCUUGAUGAGCAUCCGAAAGGAAAGCAACUACAAGCCAGACUAGGCGCUAUGACCGGGCGUAAGACGGUCCCCAAUAUCAUGAUAAAUGGUAAGAGUGUUGGCGGUAGUGAUGAGAUUGCUGAAUUAGACUCGAGAAAAACAUUGAUCGACAAGUUCAAGUCUUUGGGAGGGAAACGAUUGUCUAUGAAAGAGCGAUUCGUCGGAAGCGCUAAGGAGAAGCAGCAGUGA